AUGUGGGUCCUCGGCAUCGCAGCAACUUUUUGCGGAUUGUUCUUGCUUCAAGGCUUUGCGCUGCAAAUCCAGUGUUAUCAGUGUGAAGAAUUCCAGCUGAACAACGACUGCUCCUCCCCCGAGUUCAUCGUGAAUUGCACGGUCAAUGUUCAAGACAUGUGUCAGAAAGAAGUGAUGGAGCAAAGUGCAGUUUUCAUUGUGGUGGAAGUGAUGAGGCAUGAUUGGAGACAGUGCCAGAGGCGGGUGGCACCAGGCGCGCAGCACGCGGCGCUCGGCCCGCUGUGGCCCGUGCGUGCAGUGCUGGGCAUGAAUACGAAUGUGCAGAGCAGUUUACAAUGCCCUCCGCCAGGGCUUCUUCAAAGAGCAUCUGCGGAAGCAGGUGUAUUCAGUGACACCGGGCUCAAACCACUUGGGCCUCCUGUAACUUCAGAGAAUCUGUUCAGAAAUAACAAGAGGCCGGGCAGGUUGACUAGUUUCCACCCAGUGAAGACAUCCAGACUGGGAGUGCAAAGAGAUCCGGGCUUCAAAGCCAACCCAGAUUCUUGGGAGAAUUUCCACGGCCUUCCGAGGGAAAGGCAGCCGGUGGGUGGAGGCACACCUGGAGAGUGA